AUGGCGGAAUUAGUUGUAGGUCCAAUCAUGGAGAAGAUCAUCAACGCUUGCUCUGAUUACCUGGAAGGUCAAGUCGGAUGGCAGACGGGCAUGAAGGAGGAGCUGGAAAGGCUGCGAGAGAACCACCCGAAGAUCCAAGCUGUCGUCUUUGCCGCUAACCAAGCACAAAUCAGCGAUCAGAACCCUGCUUUCAACAAAUGGAUAUGGCAGCUGCGAGAUGCUAUUGAUGAGGCAGAUGAUGUGCUCGAUGAGUUGAAGUACAUGAAGCAUAAACAAGAGCUCUGCAAAAACACGAAAGAAACAAAGCUGACCAAAAACAAGAAGCUGAGAAAGGUGCGUUCCAUAAUGAAAUCCAUCAAGAAAAGACUUGUCAAAAUUGACAAACGUGCUCUCAAAGAGGACCCCAACUUGAAUCGACUGGAGGAGGCUGUGCAGAAACUUGAUAAAGUUUCGGCUGAUGUUACUACUUACCUUCAUCUUUUAGACAGUGCGAAGCAGGAACAGAAGGAGCAGGAGGUUGAUUUCUACGAAGCACGUGAAACAGGAUCCUUGCCUACUACAAAUGAUCUUAUUGGGCGGGGCAACGAUAAGGAGUCUGUUGUGCAGUGGUUGAGGAAGCCAUCAAAUGAGCAUCAGGGAACUGAUUUGUACAGAAACAUUACUAUUCUAUCUAUAGUGGGCCAUGGUGAUAUGUUGGAAUGUCUUAAGAAGGAGAGGCCUCGUUUGGAGACACUUGUGGGACUUCAAAGGCGUGUCGAGGAGGAGGUGAUGUCCAAAAAGUUCUUACUUGUGCUGGAUGAUAUUUGGGAGGAGGAUGAGGAGAAGGAUAAAAGCAAAUGGGAAGAUGUGCUCGCCCCUCUAGCUUCUGGUGGUUUUGGUAGUAAGAUUCUGGUAACAACUCGAACGUACUCAGUUGCUUUGAUGUUUGCAAACUUAAUUAAAAAGGAGAAAAUAGUUAAAUUAGAGGGUCUAGAUGAAGAUGAUUGUUUGCAGCUCCUCAACUCUCAUGCAUUUGCUGGUGUAGAGAACUCCCCUGAUAAUGAUCAUGAAAAUUUAAGAGUCAUUGCUCGAGAUAUAGUUAAAAAGCUUUCAACAUCUCCGUUGGCAGCUAAGGUCAUUGGUGGUGUUCUGAAUUACAACUUGGAUGAAAGGCAUUGGAGGACAGUUCUAGAAAGCAAUUUAUUGGAUCAAAAUUCUAUCCAUUCCAUCUUAAGACUGAGCUAUAUGGUUCUGUCAAAUCCUUUAAAAAGUUGUUUCGCAUUUUGCGGCAUGUUCGCACAAGACCAUGAGUUUGAUAAACAUGAUUUAAUCCGAAUGUGGAUUGCAUUGGGUUUCAUUCAGCCAUCUCUUGAUCAAGAAGAGACUAUGGAGGAUAUCGGAGAAAGGUAUUUUGAUGUUUUGGUUAAAAAAUCUUUCUUUGACAAGUUCUACAAGUAUGGAGGCUACAAAAAUUUGUCAUACUACAAGAUGCAUGAUUUACUACAUAAAUUGGCGCAGUCAAUUUUCGUACAAGAAUGUUUAAGGGUUGAGGAUGAUACAAAGUUGCCUUCUAAAAUUCCUGAGACUCUUCGACACUUAUCUGUUCAAACUACAAAUCUAAACGUCUUAAGAAAGAUUGAGAAAUUUAAACAUUUGCAUUCUCUUUUCUUGUUAGAUGAAGAUUCUAAUCAAGAUCUUUGCAGUGCACUCAUUGAAAUAGUUAAAGCAUCAAGAUGCCUGCGCUUAUUAUACAUACGUAUUGAUCGAUUGAAAACGAUACCUGAGGAGAUUAGAUAUUUGAAACAUCUUCGAUAUUUGAAGAUCGAAAGAGCUUAUGUCACUAUGCUACCAAGAUCUCUAAGUAAUCUCUAUCACUUGCAAUUCUUAAUCUCUAAUGGAUAUAUGUCAAGCCCACCUGCAGCUGAUUUUUUACCCGAUAACAUUAAUAACCUUUCUAACUUGCAUUACUUGGAAUUGUCUGGGAAUUAUAUGUCAUCGAUAUGUGGGAUUGGGAAGCUAAACUCUCUUCAAGAACUGGAUAUGUUUCGUCUUAGAAAUGAGAUGGGUUAUAGAAUUGAUGAGUUGAAACAUUUGAAUGAUCUUUACAAAUUAGGAAUCAAGUGUCUUGAAAAUGUGAAGGAUGCCGAGGAGGCUCGUAAUGCCCAAUUAUGUGAAAAGAAGAGGCUCACUGAUUUAACCUUAUGUUGGAGUAACACUUAUUCGAGGAACAUCAAUUUAGAUGAGAACGUGCUCGACAACCUUCAUCCACCAAAAUUUCUAAAGAAUCUGAAGAUAGAGAGAUACAUGGGUGCAAGAUCUGCAAUAUGGAUGAAAAAUGUCAAUCUGCUCUCCAAUAUAAAGAAAGUUGAGGAAAUCGAAUUGUUAGAUUGCAAGGAAUGGGAAACUCUUCCACCUUUUGGGCAACUUCCCUUUCUCAAGAUACUGAUACUUUAUAACCUGCCGAAAGUAAAAUGGCUCGAAAGUAAAUUUAAUGGGAAUGAUAAAUACCGUGCCUUUCCAUUGCUAGAGGUGUUACAUAUUGGAGGAUUAGAAGCAUUAGAGGAUUGGUUUGAGGCAGGAGUAGCUGCUGAAGAUGGAUGUUUCUUUCCUUGCUUAAUUAAUCUGGUGCUAGAUAGGUGCUCGAAGUUGAAAGAGUUGCCCUCUUUGCCUCCUAAGCUCAAGAGCUUGUGCAUAGGAAUGAUGGGGUGGAAGACUUUGAACUUUGGUUGCAAUUCAAAUUCUAUUCCCCUUGAAAAAUUAGCGGUCUUUGACUGCCCAAACAUUACAUCUCUUCCUCUGGCUGAUGAAAUAGCAAGACUUGCAGCACUAAGAUUCUUGACAAUUAGAAAUUGCCCCAAUCUGAUCUCUCUGGGAAGAUAUCGAGAAGUGGAGACCGCUAAUAAUUGUCAUCUCAUACUCAAUAAUCUCUGGAUAAGUGAUCCAUCGGUGCCUCGUCAGGAGAGAUCAGUUAGUGAGCAGAUAGUUCUGGUUGAUUACUCAAUACCACCACUUGAGGUCUAUGACAGACCAAAGGGUUAUCACCCUGAUUGCCAAGUGGUCCCUCGGACCGCCUAUUCCAGUUAUACUAGAUCUGAUGUACCCAAUAGGUUUAGGAGGUCCCCAAAAGAAGUCAGACAUCCUACUCGCCAUAAUGAGCUAUGCUCUGGGGGUCGCAUUCAGACUCUAACUAUAGAUGAGCCCAAUGACAAAGGGAAAGCAACCAUAGAAGUCAAUAGUUAUGAAGAGUAUCACCCUUCCCAUGUCAACCCUUCAACAUGCAAAUCCAUUGAAGAAAUGAUGGAGUAUUUGAAUGAUAACCUUAAGAAGAUUGAUGAGGAUGAGAAGAGCAGAAGAGGGUCCUCUCUUAUAGGAUACCCUCAUACGAAUGAUUUGUUGGAAGUGGAAGAAGAAGGGAGUGAAAAUUCCCAGAUCCGUGCUUUGCUUCAACAGUUAAAAAACAAGGAUGCUCAUCUUAAUGAUAUGACUAAGAGACUGGAUUAUAUGGCUUCUGCCAUAAGUGCCCUUUCAACCCAUCUUUUGGGUCCCCAAAAAGCCCUAAACUCAACAGAUAAACCUUCCACUAGUGCAGAAAAGGCCAAGGAAAUAGUUUAUCUUCAGGCAGUUUGUUUACCAUAUGGCUCGGUAAAGACUUUUGCAGAGUUGGAGUCUUUUGUUUGUGAAGAGGGAAAGUCUCUCUUCAUGCCUCUUCAGUUAUUGCUUACAGGAAAACUUCAUGGUCCUGAAAUCAGUGGCAGUAUUAUUCUAAUAUAUAAAGCUGGGAUUUGUGGUGUAAUCAGUCCACAAGCAAGUUUUAAAACAUUAGAUAAACGGUUCAAAAUGCUGAGGGAAAUCGCCUGGGAAGCAUAUAAUUUUGAGAAAUAA